AUGAAUGAUGAACUAGGUCAUAAUGAUAUUUAUCAGAGUUUGACACCAAUGGAGACACAAGAAACUUCUCUACAAAUUGAACCUCAACGAAGCACUCUAUUUAAUGGUGAAUUUUUUGAUUCUGGAUCCGAAGCUUUCGUUGAUAUGCCUUCUGUCGAAAAUGAAGGAAUUAGUCUUACAUCUGAAGGUUGUAAAUCAUAUAGAGAAGAAACCGUAAUGCGAAUUGAUCAAUUUAUUCAACGAGACUGCAUCAUUCUAAUUCGUGCACCACCAUUCACCGGAAAAACCUCUUUAUGCACAUUACUCGAAGAGUACUAUCGAAACAAAGAUACUCCCGUACUACAAAUAAGUUUCUUGGGCGUUGAUGAUAUGAAUUUUGAAGAAUUUUGGAUAACCGAAACGGGGAAAAGUUGGAAAUAUUGGUUAAAUCCUAAAAAUGGUGAAAGAGUUAUUAUCCUCGACGAGACUCAUCAUAUCUUUGAUGGAUCACGAUACGAAUCUUUUUGGAUAAGAAUAAAAUCAUUAUGUCGACAAGUUUCACUUGGACAAGAAACCAUUAAGAUCAUUGCUUUCUCGACAGGUGGUCGACUAGCUACUUCUGCACAAAGUCCUAUGGAUUUUCGACAAAAAUUUGGGUUUGAAUUA